GGCGCGACGAGCAGCCAGACCUGCGGUUCUUCGUUCAACGUCGUUUGAAUUGCACCUCUUCGCAAUUCAAUUCCAGCCCCCGUUCCUCACGAUACGGAACGCCUCAUCUUUUAAGCCUAAUCUAAGCCGUGGGGGGUCUUUUCUUCUUUUACACCUUCCUCUAUUCUCCCUUCUUCUCCGCGUUUGGUUCUAGUGGAACCCUGUCGGGUCGUGUUCGGUCUUUUGUAUAACAACACAAAUACUUGCGCUUGGAGCGCUGAGGACGGAUAUGGCGCCUCACUCCGACACUCCGUCUCAGGCGGAUACUCCCAUGACCGAUGCACAUGAAGAACCUGUCACAUCAGUGCCCGUGGACAGUGCCGACGCUCAAAUGACGGAUUCCGAUACGAAUCCUAACACAACGGCAAGCAGCGUUGCAGGCGACGCUUCACCAUUUGAUGGCCGCAAGCGAAGGACGGAAGCUUUCCAUUUGAGAAAAAGUAUCCUGGGCAAAAAGCAUGGCCGUUUGGAUGAGUCAAAGGAAGAUGAUUCGAUCCGGAGAUUUCGUUACCUUCUUGGUCUGACUGAUUUAUUCCGGCAUUUCAUUGAAACGAACCCUAAUCCCCAGAUCAAAGAGAUAAUGGCCGAAAUCGACCGGCAAAAUGCUGAGGAAGCGAGAGCCAAGAAGAAGGGCUCUGCCCGUUCAGGUGGCGCCGGUGGUGAAAGACGUCGCAGGACAGAACAAGAGGAAGAUGCAGAACUCCUGGACGAUGAGAAGAGUGGUGGCGAAACCAAUACUGUUUUCCGCGAUACCCCACCAUUUGUCAAGGGUGAAAUGCGUGAUUAUCAAAUUGCAGGACUUAACUGGCUUGUCUCGCUCCAUGAGAAUGGUAUUUCGGGUAUCCUGGCAGAUGAGAUGGGUCUGGGUAAGACUCUACAGACCAUCUCUUUCCUUGGAUACCUGCGGCACGUCUGCGACAUAACUGGACCCCACCUCGUCGCUGUUCCUAAGUCCACCCUCGAUAACUGGAAGCGGGAAUUCGAAAAGUGGACCCCAGAAGUCAAUGUCCUUGUCCUCCAAGGAAACAAGGAUGAGCGCCAUCAACUGAUCAACGAACGGCUGCUCGAUGAGGACUUCGAUGUUUGCAUUACCAGUUACGAAAUGGUGCUGCGGGAAAAAUCUCAUCUCAAAAAGUUUGCCUGGGAAUAUAUUAUAAUCGACGAAGCUCAUCGCAUUAAAAACGAGGAAUCGUCCCUUGCUCAAAUCAUUCGUGUUUUCAACUCACGAAAUCGGUUGCUGAUCACCGGUACCCCGCUGCAGAACAACCUCCACGAGCUUUGGGCCCUUCUGAACUUCCUUCUACCCGAUGUCUUCGGCGACUCAGAGGCUUUCGACCAGUGGUUCUCUGGCCAGGACUCCGAUCAGGACACCGUUGUGCAGCAGUUGCAUCGUGUAUUACGGCCUUUCCUGCUUCGUCGUGUCAAGAGUGAUGUUGAAAAAAGUUUGCUUCCCAAAAAGGAAGUCAAUCUUUAUGUACCGAUGUCACAGAUGCAGGUGAAAUGGUAUCAGAAAAUCCUGGAAAAAGACAUUGAUGCGGUCAAUGGGGCCGCUGGAAAACGAGAGUCAAAGACUCGUCUUUUGAACAUUGUUAUGCAGCUCCGCAAAUGUUGCAAUCACCCUUAUCUUUUCGAAGGCGCUGAACCUGGUCCUCCGUAUACCACUGAUGAGCAUCUUGUCGACAAUGCCGGAAAGAUGGCGAUUCUCGACAAGAUUCUGAAGCGUAUGAAGGCACAGGGAAGCCGGGUGCUUAUCUUCUCCCAAAUGAGCCGUGUUCUUGACAUUCUGGAGGAUUACUGUGUAUUCAGGGACUACAACUACUGCCGUAUCGAUGGCACAACAGCCCAUGAGGAUCGUAUUGCCGCUAUCGAUGAUUAUAACAAGCCAGACUCUGACAAGUUUGUCUUCCUUCUCACCACGAGAGCAGGAGGUCUUGGUAUCAACUUGACAUCUGCAGAUAUUGUCGUGCUCUACGACAGUGAUUGGAACCCCCAGGCUGACCUCCAGGCCAUGGACCGUGCUCAUCGUAUUGGUCAGACAAAGCAAGUGGUGGUUUUCAGGUUCGUCACCGAGAGCGCCAUUGAAGAAAAGGUUUUGGAACGCGCAGCUCAAAAGCUACGAUUGGAUCAGCUGGUCAUUCAACAAGGUCGCGCUCAGCAACAAACAAAGAACGCUGCGUCCAAGGAUGAGCUACUUGGUAUGAUUCAGCACGGUGCUGCCAAGGUUUUCAGCGAUGGAUCAACCGCAACUAUGCCAAGUGACAAGAUGUCAGAAGAUGACAUCGACGCCAUUCUGCGCAAGGGUGAGGAAAGAACCGCAGAAUUGAACAAGAAAUACGAGAAGCUGGGUAUCGAUGAUCUCCAGAAAUUCACCUCUGAAAGCGCCUACGAGUGGAAUGGCCAGGACUUCACCGCACCCAAGAAAGACAUUGGUGUCAACUGGAUCAACCCGGCGAAGCGUGAACGAAAGGAGCAGUUCUAUUCUAUCGACAAGUACUAUCGUCAGGCUUUGGCCACUGGUGGAAGAACAGCAGACCCCAAGCCUAAGGUUCCCCGUGCACCUAAGCAGAUCGCUAUCCACGACUGGCAAUUUUUCCCACCAGGUCUUCAAGAACUCCAGGAGAAAGAGACCGCUUAUUUCCAUAAGGAGAUUGGCUACAAGGCCGUUCUUCCAGAUGGCCCCGAAGAAGAGCUUAGUGAACGCGAAGCUGAGCGCGACUUGGAGCAACAGGAAAUCGACAAUGCGGUGCCUUUGACGGAAGAUGAACAGGCUGAAAAGGCAAAGAUGUCCGAAGAGGGAUUUUCCACAUGGAACCGUCGGGAUUUCCAGCAAUUCGUCAAUGGAUCAGCCAAGUUCGGACGCACUGACUACAAAGGCAUUUCCACGGAAGUGGAUAGCAAAGAGCCUGACGAAGUCGAAGAGUAUGCUGACAUUUUUUGGAAACGAUACACGGAAAUUCAAGAUUACCCUAAAUACAUCCGUGUCAUCGAACAGGGUGAGGAGAAGUUGCGGAAGAUGAACCAUCAACGCAAAAUGCUCCGUAAGAAGAUGGAGAUGUACCGUGUUCCUCUCCAACAACUUAAAAUCAACUACACAGUGUCUACGACAAACAAGAAGGUAUACACAGAAGAGGAAGACCGAUUCCUAUUGGUGAUGCUCGACAGGUAUGGUGUUGAUGGCGAGGGCCUGUAUGAAAGGAUCCGCGAUGAGAUCCGCGAGUCUCCCCUCUUCCGCUUCGACUGGUUCUUCCUCAGUCGAACUCCAGUUGAAAUUGGCCGUCGGUGCACCACGCUGCUGAACACGGUCGCGAAGGAGUUCGAGACCGGAGACAGUAAAACGAAUGGGGAGCCUGGAAAGGGCCGCGGUCGUGACCGUGACGAGGAGGAUGUCGAGAAUGAUGAUUCUGGGGCGCCGGCCAAGAAGAAGAACAAGAAUGGCGCAGUGAACAAGCAGGUCAAAGCUGUGAAGGGUGGCAGCAAAGCCAAUUCCACGUCGACAUCACGGGCAGGCAGUGUCUCCUCCAACCCCGCGCCCAAAUCAAAGAGCCGAAAGAAAUGAUAUCUCUAAUAUCGGAUGACUUCUGUCUGAUUGACUGGAUUUGUCCUUAUGACCGUUCUGUGUAGUUUGCUUGGGUGGGUAUUCAUUCGACCCUGAAAGGGUGUGUUUUGGUCCUUGUAUUCUUGUUGUUGGUCUGGCGUUGGCAGAUAGAUGUUAUUACUCGCAGUCUUCUUUAUUUCAUGUAACACAAUAUACUGUCAACUGAGUGGC